AUGUCUACCAUCAAGAUCAUUGGCGCUGGACUUUCCGGCCUCACCUUGGCACUUGCCCUUCACCAACAGGGAAUCCCAUCAACGGUUUAUGAGUCUCGGCCUGCCCCUCUAAAUAUCGGUGGCGCUGUGAUGUUGUCUCCCAACGCCCUGCGAGUCCUUCACGCUCUCGACUUGUAUAACAAGGUCAAAUCCAAGGGCUACAACUUCAAUACGCUGGAAUACAAGGAUGGCCCUGGCAACCUGCUCGAAACAUAUGAGUUUGGAAGCCAGGAAAAGUAUGGCUUCCAAGCUCUGCGCGUCUACAGGCAUGUCCUCAUCGAUACACUGGUCGAAGAGCUGAAGGAGAAGGGGAUUUCCGUAAUUUUCGGCAAAAAGUUCUCUCAUGUGGUCAAGGACGAAGAGAAUGGCGUCACCUUUGCCUUUACAGAUGGCACCACAGAGACAGCCCAGCUCCUUGUCGGUGCUGAUGGCAUCCAUUCAAAAGUCCGACGCCAUCUGUAUCCAGACCUGGAACCACAAUUCAUCCACAUGGCGGGGAUCACAGCAGCAGUUCCCACAAGCCAGCUCAAGCUUCCGGAGGGCUACCACAUCCCUGUCACCAUCACCUCGCCCAACGGCGCAUUUGUCAUCGCGCCUCAGGAGCCGGAUGGCUCAGAGGUGCUCAUUGGAAAACAGCGACGGUUGCUGGAGCAGAGCCAGGCCGGCUGGGAGAAGACGCUCGAGGCUAAGGAAGACGCCGUGCGCUUCCUACAGCAGGACAAUGAGCUAUUCCCCGAGAUUGUCCAGAACGCCACAUCGCACAUCAGCACCUCCAAGCUGAACAUUUGGCCAUUCUUCAUUGUGCCUAGGCUCGACCAGUGGGCGUCUGAAACGCGCCGCGUCAUCAUCCUCAGCGACGCUGCGCAUGCCAUUCCUCCGUCGGCCGGCCAGGGCAUCAACCAGGCCUUUGAGGACGUGUACAUGCUGGCCCUGCUGCUGGGUCGUGCUUCAGAGAUUACCAGCCAGCAGCAGGCGUUGACCUUUUGGCAGUUUUACCGCCAGGGUCGUGUGGACAAGGUCCUGGAGCUGAACAGACAGAUUGACCUGCGGCGGAUGCCCAGCAGCGAUGCGGUGGUGGGAAGCGGGAGCGGCUUGGUGAAGGAGGAGUUCGAUCUCGAGUGGCUUUACAAGCCUGAUUUCAAGGGCGUUGUUGAUGACUGGGUUGCGAAGCAGUAG